GAUCUAUUUUUCGCGGCGGAGGGAGGUAGUCGGUGUGUCAGGGACAGCAAGUGCAUCAACGGUGGAAGAUCACGGCGGCCACGACGACGGCGGCGAGGGCGACGGCCGCGCCCGUGCCCGGGGUUGUGGCGCGGCUUGGCCCCGGGGCUCCAGGGUGACCAGGUAAUUCCCCAUCUGUGUCUCCUGGGCAUCCAGUGUACAUUGCUUGCAGCGAUGCAUUCCCUCGUGUUCCUGUGUGCCCGUCAGGUGAUCCAGGAUCAGGUCUUUGCAUGCCAGGCCCUGGCAUUCCUGCCCCAGGAGCUAUAUGCAGUCCUGUUCAAGGCAGCCUUCUUAGACAGAAAAACAUUGGUGCUGCAGAAGCUGGUACAGAUGUGGCCUUUCCCUCUCCUUAGCUUCCAGCAGCUACUGCGUGAGCAUUCAGAUUGCCGCCGGAUUCCACUACAGGAAAGGCCAACAAAGGAGAGUGUACAGGCUGUGAUCUUGGGGCUCUCUGCACGACUAAGGGAGCCACCCCCUCGCAGGAAGCUGCAGUUGCAGUUGUUGGACAUGACAGGAAUUCUGGAUUCUGGCUAUGAGGAAGACCUCACAACCAUGACCAUGUGGUCCCGCACUGUGUCUGUGAUACAGACCUGCAUCAUGGGUCAGCUAAACAAAUCUUUAAGACAGAGACGUCGGCGGGCCAAGCGCAGAAAGGCAGUACCACCCAUCUAUACUCCUACCCCUAUAGAGGUUCGAGUAGAUCUCCGGGUAACCCACAGCUCCUAUGGGUUUCUAAAGGAUACAUUACAGACAAGUGCUUUUAGCCCUCUGCGCCUUUGCUGUCGAGAUUUCCGGGCUGAAGAACUCCCCCUGAAUAGCACUGUAGAUAUGUUGGAGUUACUGGAUCCCAUGCACUUGCGCCGAGUGGACCUGUGCUUCAAUAGCCUGGAGUUAUCUGGCCUUUGUGAACUCAUGGCUUCUAUUGUGAAGUUCACCAGCUUGCUGAGCCUAAAACUACAGUACAGCUACGUGGACCUAUGGCAGCUCUCAUCUGAGGCAGAAGACAGCUUCCGUAUAUUUCUCUCUGAGCUUACUAAGUUGAUCCGCCUCAGAGAGCUCAAUAUGGGUUCCUCUUGCCUUUCUGGUCGGCUGAAUCAGGUGCUUAGCACCCUACCGAAUCCCCUGGAAAGCCUGGAGGUGGCCUUCUGUUAUCUCCUCCCUACAGACUUGAGGUACUUGGCCCAGAGCCCGCAUGCCAGCCACCUUAAGAAGUUGGACCUCAGCGGCAACAACCUUUCAGGUGCCCUGCUGGGCCCUUUUCAGGCUGUGCUGAAGGCAGUCUCCACCACUUUGAAGCUCCUGAAUGUGACUGAGUGUGAGCUCAUGGACACCCAUCUUAUUUCCUCCUUACCAAGCCUGUGCCGCUGUGUCCAGCUCCGCUACCUUGGUCUCUAUGGCAAUCCCCUCUCUACCUCUGGACUCAAAACCCUGUUGCUUCGGUCAGAGGUACUGCCUGAGCUCCAGCUGGUGGUGUAUCCAUUUCCUGUGGACUGCUAUGAGAUUUUGCCCUGGCCACCUCCGGCUGCUAUCCUCCUGGAUGAGGAGAAGUUUGCCCAUGUUCAGGCUGAAUUACGCCAGAUGUUACUGUCAGCUGACCGAGCUAAUGUGCUGUGGACCACUGAUGUCUAUGGUCCUAAUAUGCCUGACUACUUUAGCUUAUAACUGGUGGGCUACCUGCCAGGGAUGGAGAGACCUCAUUGUCAUCCAUUCUUCCUGGACUCGAGAGGAGAUUGCCAGUAGUUCCUGUGUUGACUCUUAAUGGAGCAUACAAGGAGUCUUGAGGCCUUGUCUCCUGCUGCUUGUCAUCUUUAAAUACUAGGAAUUCUAGCUUGUCUAGCAGAGGCAUGUAGCUAACUUUAUAGUUUGGGGAUGGGAGGGAUUGGGGAGGGUAUGUCUGUAGGAGUAAUGUUUAUGAGAACCUAGGAGAGCUAGGUUACCUUCUAGUAUAUCAUAUAUCAAAAGUGGGUCAGAGGGACUUAUAGGGUCCUGUCAAUGAUACCAGAUAAACCAGGUCAGAUGUUCAGAAAAGGUUGUCCUUACAUGUGUCUGGUUUACUCUCUAUAUCAAUCCCAAGGGGGUGGAGACAGCCUUCAUGUCUCUCUACCUCAUAAAGCUUAUUCUUAUGUCCUCAGGACGUACUGGGCUGAUUUAGCCCAGAUGGGCACUUAAAGUCUUGUUAUAGUGCUCAGUUGAUGGUUGAGUAUACCAAGGAGACUCAUGAGUUUUCCCUGGCCAGUAUGAAAUGCUGGCGUUGGGGUUUGGUUUCAGAGUCCCUAAGGGACUAGCUCCAGCCAUCCAGUGAGCUCAAUAUGCCUACUUAGUUCUGACCCAUAGUGAUGUUUUUUGUGGACAAAUUACUAAUAUAAACAAGUAGCAUGAACUUGCUUAGCGUUGCCCAUUAAAUUCUGUGGUUGAACAUUUGGGUGUUGGGGAUAUUUGAACUGACCAAUCGACCAUGAGUGUAGACCCAGAGUAGACAUCUCUUUGUCUUCUUUGAUAAUAUGGUCUUUAGAUUGAGUGAGGUCCCCCUGGUUUUGUUGAUGUCUUCUUUUUGAUAUAUAUUUCCUAUUGUAUCUUCCAGGUGAUUGUGUAGGAGCUGGAAAGUUCUCCAAAUGGGCUCCCUGUUGUCUUUUCCCAGGUUAUUGUCUGAGUUCUUGUUCAUUUUAGGGGAGAAUGUCUUAAGUAGUGGCCCAUAUUUAAGGUUGGCUCCCCAAGGGGGGAACUUCGCAUAGUGCAGGAACUAGAUGUGAGUCCCCCUUCUUGGCUGACGUUAUCCUUAAAUGUGUGCCCCCUUUUCAUUUAAGAGGGGUUCUAUUCUACCAAGGUGGAAUAGGGGCCUACUAUAGUGAGAGUUAGGUUCUCUGGUUUCUUUGUAUUCUUCAUAUGACAUCCUUUGAUGCAUUACAUACCACAGCAUUAUACCUUUCCAAAUUACAAAGCUUAAUUCCAAUAAAAUCCAAACAAAUUUC